AUGCCUCACAAGCAGAAGAAAACUUCCAGCAAUGCCCCGAAGAACGGCUCUCCCCGGGCGGAGAAGACGCGACAAUUUCCCCCGGACGCCCCUGCGCUGGCCCUUCCAGUAGUGGCCCCGACCGACUACGAGGAGAUCCAUCGAAAUGAGAUUGAAGCUCUCCGCUCAAUUUAUGGCGAUGAUUUUGAAGAAGUUGAACAACGGCGAUCUGCUUGGCAGCAAUCGUCAGAUGUGGUAUUUAAGCUUCACUUGCGCGCUUCAUCUAAUCCGGAAGUCCGUCUCGAUUUGCUGGUAGAACUGCCCACUACCUAUCCUAAAACCUAUCCAAACCUUUUCUUGGAAAACCUAGACGACCUCCGUCAAGGAGCUCAAUCGAGGAUUGAUGACAUCAUCCGGAGCAAACCGAAAUCUCUCUUGGGAUCGGAAAUGAUCUACGAGAUUGCCGUCUCUAUCCAAGAUGUACUAGAGGAUGUGGCAGAAGCCAAAGCCCAAAAUAAAGACCUACCCAGCCUAGAAGAGGAGCGCAUGGAACAGGAAGCUGCUGCCAAUCAGCGUGCUGAACUAGAACGGCAAGAACAGCUUCAGAAACAGGAGGCCGCUACUGCGGAAGAGGAGCGGGCGCUGCAACAACUGUUGGAGGAUAGACUUCGUGAACGAACAAAAGCACGACUACUACGACGGAAGAGUCGAACCUCCGGCAUGGACACGAAUAGCGAAAUUGAUGCUGGGGAGAGUAUUCCAGGCGCAAUUUCCUUUGAUCCUCCCCUGGUUAUGGCCGACAGCGAUGAAGGGCCAUUAGUCUUCCGGGCUGUUUAUGGAAAGACCCUCCUUCGGAGUGUCCAGGGAAAAGACACGUUUACUGUGAGACCAGUGGCUACCGAGAACAGGUGCCAUGCUCCUCUUCUGGUCUUAAAGGAAGUUUGCAUUGAUGAGACAAAGCUGUCUCCACUCGCAUUUCGGGAAAAGAUGCGCAGCAGUGAGGACAAACUGGAAGCGUUAAAAAGAUUACGGCAUCCAAAUCUACUGGACUUUGUCGGGUUUAAGAUUUAUAGACCUCUUGAACCUGCUAGCCCGCAGGACAACGCUUGGACAGUGUACCUCCUUCUGGAGCACGCAAACAAGGGGUCACUGUCCGAGUUUCUAGAUAUAGUAGGGUCUGUCCCUGUGGAAAUGCUCCGCAGCUGGACAAUCCAGCUCCUUGAAGCUCUCGAAUUUUAUCACCGAAGCGGCUUUGUCCAUGGAGAUAUUAAUUGCGGGCGCAUUUUCAUACUACGGAACCAGACAGGUGGCACUACUGUGAAGCUGCAGGCGAGCGUUGAAAGCGCUCUUCCUGAUUCUGCGGGCAGCAAACAGUCCUUGACAACUUCCAAGUCACCACUUUGGCUACCCCCGGAGUCAACCCAAGGCAAUACUUCGCCGACCAUGAAGACGGAUGUUUGGGAUUUGGGUAUUGUGUUUCUUCAAAUGGGGUUUGGUAAAGAUGUGCUGCAGCGCUACACCUCAGCGAACGCGUUAAUGGGCACAUUGGGCCUUUCUGCUCCACUCCAAGACUUGCUUAAUGAGUUCUUCAGAACAGAUCCGAAGAAGAGACCCACGGCUUUCCAGCUCCAGCCUUCUGAGUUCUUCCGUGUUGACGCGCCUUUAGUAGCUCGCUCAAGCACCUCAAACUCCAUAUCCUUGCCGAGGCGCCCUCGGUUCGAUUCGUUUGGAGCCUUACCAACAUUCUCACGCUAUUUUCAAGACUUCGAUGAGGCUGGUCGCUUGGGGAAAGGUGGCUUCGGUAUGGUGGUCAAAGCAAGAAAUAAACUUGAUGGGCGUUUGUAUGCAGUGAAGAAGAUUACUCAAAGAUCUGCCGCGGCGCUUAAGGAUACAUUAUCAGAGAUUAUGCUGCUGUCGCGUCUUAACCAUCCUUACGUAGUGCGCUAUUAUACUGCGUGGAUCGAGGAAGAUUAUGACUUUGUGGAUGAGGACGCUGUCUCGUCUACGGAAGGAGACCCUUUUGCGAGCCAAAACUCACAUGGAUCGCAUGGAUAUGGGUAUAGCACAGGAGGGCUUGAUUUCAUCAGUUCCAGCGGUUAUCCCAAGAUUGAAUUCGGUUCCGACAGCGAAGAAGAGAACGAUGGGACUUUAUCUAGCCGUGGUAAUGGAGAGACACCCGAAUCUUACGGCACUGGAAGUGAGACCGGCAAGGAACUCAGUCGAGUGAGAUCUGGCUCGCAAGGCAGGCCUGUCUCCACUACGCUGUAUAUCCAGAUGGAAUAUUGUGAGAAGCAUCUGACUGUUCGAAAGACUCUUCGGGAUUUGAUCAGGAAUGGGCUCUACGAUGAUGUCGACAGAUCCUGGCGUUUGUUUAGGCAGAUCCUUGACGGUAUGAGCCAUAUUCAUGGCCAUGGCAUUAUCCAUCGGGAUCUUAAACCUGAUAACAUCUUCAUUGAUGUUGCCAACAACCCGCGCAUUGGAGAUUUUGGCCUUGCCACUAGCGGCCAUUUCACGACAGCUGUACGGUCUUCGACGGUUGCAGACUUUGAAGGAGACUUUACCCGUAGCCUGGGUACAACUUAUUAUGUCGCACCGGAAAUGAAGUCCGGUUUUACGGGUAACUAUAAUGAGAAAGUCGAUAUGUUCUCUCUGGGAGUCAUAUUCUUUGAAAUGUGUUAUCCGCUUCCAACCGGCAUGGAACGCGACCAGACUCUGCGAGCCAUCAGGGAGAAGGACCAUACUUUACCAUCUGCCUUCCAGUAUUCGGAAAAAGCGCUCCAAGGAAGGAUCAUCGAAUCGUUAUUGAGCCAUGAUCCCAGCCAGCGACCCUCAGCUUCAGAACUUCUUCACAGUGGCCAGAUUCCUCUCCAGGUCGAAGAGGAAACCUUUCGACGGGCGAUUAUGCACCUACUGUCCGAUCCUAGUUCACCAGACUAUAAGAAAAUAUUAUCGGCUAUUUUCUCUCAGUCUCCUAAGAAGUUUGAAGACAUGGCCUGGGACAUGGAUUCGCGCGGAACACCAGCGGCUAAUGAACUAAUAGUUCAAAGCUUAGUCAAAGAAAGAUUGACCUCUAUAUUUCGCAGACACGGGGCCGUGGAAACCACAAGGCAGAUGCUGUUUCCAAGAUCCCAACAUUACAACAACGGAGCUGUGCGGUUACUUGACUCCUCCGGUAACGUGCUUCAGUUGCCUUUCGAUUUGACCUUACCUAAUGCCCGUGCUAUUCCUCGACAAGAUCCGUCCCUUGAGAAAACUUUUGCUUUCGGUACUGUCUACCGAGAAACGUCUCAUGGUUCCGAGCCCCGGACUCACAAAGAGGUAGACUUCGAUAUUGUCUCACACAAUACGCUGGAUCUGGCCUUGAAGGAAGCGGAAGUCAUCAAAGUUGUGGAUGAGAUUAUUGAAGAAUUCCCACCUUUAAGAUCAGCCCCCAUGUGCUUUUUGGUAAAUCACUCGGAUCUCCUUCAACUUAUUCUGGAGUUUUGCCGUAUUACGCCUGCUCAAAUCCCGCUGGUUAAGGAGGUUGUUAGUAAACUGAAUGUGGGGAAAUGGACGAUGCAGAAGAUCAGAAGCGAACUUCGGUCGCCGGCAAUCGGUGUUGCUUCCACCUCGCUGGAUGAGCUUGCAAGGUUUGACUUUCGAGACUCCCCAAAGCAAACGCAGAAGCGAUUGCGAGCCAUCAUGGAGGGCACCGAGUUCGCCGAACGCCUGACCCCCAUCUUUGCCCGCAUAAAUUGGCUGAUGGCGUAUCUUCAAUGCUUUGACGUGAAACGAAAGGUUUAUGUCAAUCCUCUUGGAAGCUUGAACGACAAGUUUUUCCGAGGUAGCAUUCUGUUUCAGUGUGUGUUUGAUAGUAAGCGGCGUGAUGUUUUUGCGGCUGGUGGUCGGUAUGACUCGUUGGUUCAAGAGUUCCUUCCCAAGGUCGUGGCUAGCCGCCCCCAAACCCAUGCUGUGGGAUUUAACUUGAGUUGGGAUCGACUCAGUUCAGCUAUGCUCGAUUAUCUCAAAGGCUCCUCGAAAAGCCAUGCAAAACACCAUGAAGCUGAGCCGGCUGCUUUCUGGAACACUCGGAGGUGCGAUGUACUGGUUGCGAGCUUUGACCCAACAAUUCUGCGUACUAUGGGUGUCAAAGUUGUUCAGGAUUUAUGGAGCAAUGACAUCAGCGCUGAGCUAGCUGUCGAUGCCUCCUCUCUUGAGGAACUUCUUACCAAGUACAAAGACCAUAACCACAGCUGGGUUGUCAUUGUCAAACAAGAUAGCCAGGAACGAGGCUUCAAGGUUAGGUGUCUCGUUCCUAAGGAGGAAUUUGAUAUUCGAAGCUCUGAACUUGUACCCUGGCUUCGGAAUGAAAUCCGGGCGCGGAAUCAACGCGAGGGCGCAGGAGACCAUAGACAGUCUCGAAUGCCCAGCCAACCAGACCCCGGUAUCGAUAACGAGAGGUCGAGUGAUGUGCGGAUCCUAGUCCCACGACAUAGGAGCAAGAAGUCAAAUAGAAGGAAUAUUGUUGAGAACGCUCUUUUCCGUUCUCGUGAAGUAAUCGAGGAUGCGUUGAAUGGGCCUAUUGUCGCCAUAGACACGCGCGACGAUUUACUUGAGGCGAUCAGAGACACACGACUAUCAGAUCCUGAUAGUUGGCGCACAGUAAUACAGAGUGCGCCACUGACUGAAAGGAAGUAUUUCGGCCAGGUUCAUGAGCUGCUUGUUGAUCUCGCUCAUGAAAACCAUUCCAAUGACGGCGCGGAUAAUUUCAGCAACGCUUUCAUAUACAAUUAUCGCACAGGGUCUUGCGUUUACUAUGAUCUAGGACGCCGAAAUUAACAUACAGAUGAACAGUCAUGUGUUAUGUGUUAUGCAUCUUUCUUUUGUUCAUUGUUCUCUUAUUUUGAUUGUACUCGACUUCAGUUUUGGUUUCUGUUUGGCAUAUUUGGCAUUGGUGUCGGAAAUUUUUUCUCCUCUCAGCAUUUCAUAGCGAACUAUACCCGUAAAUAUACCAUCCAAUUCAGCGCACAAUUAAUGAAACGUUUCAAGGUAUCUUUGUAUUAUACAUAAUGGAAGACGCAAAAUACCAUAAGCAGAACUAAUCACUGUCAUCAUCACUUCCAUAGACGACUAAAGGACCUCCUGAGGCUUGAGGAGCUGCCUGUGUCGUAAUGUUUCCACCUGCUAGUCCCCUUAAUGCCGCAACAGUAGAGCUUGAAAAAAAUCCACUGCUUUCCGAUUCUUGCGGAGCCGAAGCAGAAGACCCAGCUUCAAGCAUGAGUGGUUGAUCCGGAGCUUCGAGCUGACCUUGAUCUCCAUUUCCUGCAGCCUCUAACUGUUUCGUCCGGCUAUACCAUACCUCAUCAGGAGGCUCAUAGCCCUGCAACCCAAAACU